AUGCGUCCCCACCACACCCUGCUCGCGUUAUGCUCGCUCCUGGGCCUAUCAGCCAGUUCUCCAACACCGGUACCGGCAUCCGACACAGACCCAGUCCUCAAGAAUGCCAACCACAUUUUCAACGUCAUCCACGACUCUAUGCGCCAGUGGGGAUCAUCACUUCACCACAACGGCGUCUCUUUCUUCUUGGCCACUGUCCCGGCCGGAACACAACUUUACCAUGGAACUUCCAUGUCUGUUCCUGUGAACGGUACUGAGUGGCUGGCAUUCGAACCUGAGCAUGCGCUUGUCUUUGCACGCCCGCAUGGCAACCGUGGUCCACCCCGUGAUCGAGAUGGCGACGACAAGCCCCACGAGGGACCUAACCACGACGAACUGCGUCGUCGUCUAGAGGAUGGUCCCCCACCCAUGGAGAAUGCUGAUACUGAUGCCCACGGCUACCUCCACACUUAUGCCGCAGCUAAGAACCUUCGUCUGCUGUAUAUCGAUGGCAUGUCCGCUGGCAAGACGGAGAAGGGCACGCUCGAUUCUCAAGAUAUCCUGCUUUUCAACAAUAGUCUCGGUGACGGCGAAAGUGAAGGACCCGGGCCUCGGGGUGAGCGGGACCGCGCACUGCGUGCUUGCGAGAUGGCCGAAGACGAAUGGGCAGGUCGCAUCGAUGGUGUUCUCCGUAUGGAGGCUGGUUUCGAGGUUAUUCUUUGCUCUUUCGCACGGGAUUUGACUCCUCUGAGAAUCAUUCAGACUCAAUCUCAGGAGCGCGGAGAGAAGGGCCCCGGCGGUCGUGAUGCAGGUGGGCCAUCAAAGGGUCCUGGUGGCGGCCCUGGUGGUCCUGGUGGUCCUGGCGGUGGUCCCGGAGGACCAGACUCAUCCCGCUGGGCCCGCGCCGUUGCAUCUCGUUACGAGGGUAUCGGUGGACGCAGAGUGCACAUUGACUAUGACAACUUCGUGACUGCUCUCUCGCACGAUCUCGACCUGUUCCCCGAGAGCUUAACACUUCCUCGCUUGAACCACCUCGAGUCUUCCAAGCUGGACCCCAUCCGCAAGGAACUUACAGAGACGAUCUUGACCCAUGACGCGCGUGAGUUCUCUUGGGACUGGCAAGCUACCACUGAUAUGGUCAUCACCCGGUAUGCCGAUGAGUUGUCGUACUUCGUCUCGGAUCGGAUGGAGACGAUGGAGGAGCUGCGCGCGCAGGUUACUAUGCUUGUUGCUCCGUUUGUGGAUUACAGUGAGCGAAACAUUACUAUGGAGUCUGAGCGGUGCGCGGCGCAGUUCAUUCCUUUCCAGUACCAGGAUGCGCCUACUCUUCCUGCUCGCGCUGUGCAUGGUGUUGCGUUUAGUAUUUGCCAUACCUUGUUGGAGGCUGUUGAGGAGGAGAAUCUCGCUGCUGCCAAGGAGCUGAUUGCACAGCUUAUGAUCAAGCUUGACUGGACGGCUUGGAAGAAGUGCCGUGGAUGCCUGGAUAGUGAGAUUUGUGUGGUGCCUAUCUGGCCUAUGGGCUCGGUCGGCGAUUAUGAGAAGCCUCAGUGCAAGGAUGCUUUGAGUCCUUAUGAUCGUGAUGGAGAGAACUACUGGGGUGGUCACGGCCCUCAUUGA